GUCAUAACAUGGCGGAGCUGUAUAGUCCACGGGACACUCAGUGGGCCGAGGUUUAAUUUACUUUAAGACAAAUAUAAAACGCUAGAAAGAGAAAAAAUAGUGUCGGGUAUUGUGCUUUUUUCAGGCUGUUUGUAAACUAGAGUGGCAAACGACAUCACUUUAACGUGAGGCGGCGCUCGUUGGACUGAACCUGCCCCCGAAGAGCUGGAAGCUUCCACACGCCGGAAGAAUACCGCCAGCGAGGAGUUUUCAGAUGUGUCAGAAGACAAGACUCCAGUGGAAUUUCUAAGGGGAUGGAGGUAGACUGCCCGCCUGAGGAGUCCAUGGUCACUGCUUUUGAUGAAGAGUCUGUUGAGCUUGGGGACGUCAAGGAUAUGAGACUGGAGGCGGAAGCAGUGGUCAAUGACGUCCUCUUUGCUGUGACUGAAAUGCACGUGUCGCAAAGCCUCAACAGUGCAUUGGAUGUUGCCUACAUAAAUGUGGAAACAAGAGAGGGAAAUCGUUACUGUCUGGAGCUCACUGAGGCUGGGCUGAGGGUGGUGGGCUACGCAUUCGAUCAAGUGGAUGAGAAUUUGACGACCCAGUAUCAUGAGACUGUUUACUCGCUUUUAGACACGCUCAGUCCAGGUUACAGAGAAGCCUUUGGGAAUGCUUUGCUCCAGCGGCUGGAGAGGCUGAAGCAAAACGGACAAUAAAAAGGACCGAGAUGCUGCAUAGGUUGUACACACCAAACGGGGGUUGACGAUGAAGGCAAUGUUUGCUUAUGAGCCAAUAUUAACCAAGUUUGUCCAUAUACUUUACCCUCUUAUGUUAUUUCGAACUGCCUGGCUGCCAUACAAUGAAGGAUAUCCAACCCUAUCGACUUUGCUUUUGUUCUUAGUUUCAUACCAUUGAAUUACUUCAUGUUACUUCCUUGGGUUUAGUGACUGCUAUGGACUGGCUGUAUGGGAUCUGAUAGUGUUGUUGACUUUACUGUGGACAGAUCUUCCAGCUUCUGUGUGUUUCAAAAAUUUGUAACGCUGCGCAUUGUUUAAGAAUUCUGCUCAGUUUGUAGUUCUUUAACAUGCUCAGAGAAAGAAGCAGCGAGCUCCGUCAGUGCUGAUCCUGUUUACCCGCUGUGCCGUGCUUGCACUAAACCUGUGACCUGAUAUCUGCUCAGAUAUGCCCAGCUAGUUUUUAUUCAGCUGUGAAAGUGCUGAAUCAGUUCUUUACAAGCAUAUAUUGCCUUAAUCUCAUUUUACACAAAUACCUAGGUCAGGGGCAACGCUUAUUUUAACAGUUCUAACAGCAUUGUAAUUUCAGUAUUCAGUACCUGUCAUCAGGUUUCUGUUUUUAUUCUGUUAUUGUUUCUUGCAUACUGCACAAUUACUUGCUUUUCAGACUUAGCUGUAAAAGCGAAAGAGCUACCGGUGUGGAAGUUUGAAUAUAUUUUGAUGUGCUCUUCAAACUUUUUGGUCCUUGUAUCAAAAUGCACAGCCUCUGUUAAUAUUCAACAAGGAUUUCCAGACCUGCUUGAAACUGUUGGUUUACUCUGCAUGUGACCUGGUUAUACUUCUUCAUCAGUGUUCUCAAAUCUACAAUAAGAUAACUCUUUACCUUCUGGAUUUAUACUGUCAUUCCCUGCUGCUGACCUUUGUUCAGACCAAUAAAA